CAUUAAAAUAUUCGACUCAACGGAACAAUUUCGUUCACGACGCUAAUUUCUUUAAAGUAGAGAUAGAUAGGUGAGGCAUUUUACAUGUUUUAUUCUGUGAGUUUACAGACACAUUUACAGAAACGCUCGCGUCCUUUCCUGCAGAGAGCGGUAGUUAGUGAGAAACUAGUGCUGAAACCGGGUUUCUUCUCUGAUACACAUCGAAUCGUGUUGUGUCCAUAGAGUGCACAUGAGCUAAAAUAUGGUGACAAUUCCCAGCAGCUGCACUGCGCUGUCCUGUCCUACGGUUGGGCUGUCGAAUGGACUGAACAUUCCCAUUCUGGGUUUAGGGACAUCUCAUGACGGAGGCUACAGUCAUGAGGCGGUGCUUUAUGCUCUACAGGAGUGCGGGAUAAGACAUAUAGACACGGCCAAGCGUUACGGCUGUGAAGAGGCUUUGGGGAAAGCUGUGGCUGACAGUGCUGUUCCACGAGAGGAACUCUGGCUCACCACCAAACUAUGGCCUGGAGAUUACGGCUACCAGAGCGCCAAACAAGCCUGCCGGGACUCGUGUGCCAGGCUGGGGGUGGAUUACUUGGACCUGUAUCUGAUGCACUGGCCUGACUGCAUGGUUCCAGGUCUCUCCAGUCGCGAGGUCCGAGCGGAGACGUGGAGAGCUCUGGAGGAGCUUUAUGAUGAGGGUUUGUGUCGUGCCAUUGGAGUGAGUAACUUUCUCAUCCGCCACUUGAACGAGUUGAAGGAUCGCGGUGGAAUUGUGCCUCAUGUUAACCAGGUGGAGUUUCAUCCCUUCCAGCAGCCCCUGGAGCUGGUUGAAUAUUGCCGGAAGGAGGAUAUUGUUUUUGAAGGCUACUGUCCUUUGGCCAAAGGUCAAGCCCUCACUCACCCAGCAAUCAUGAAGCUCGCCCAUAAAUACGGCCGCAGCGCGUCACAAAUAUGCAUCCGCUGGAGUAUUCAGAAUGGAGUUGUCACAAUUCCAAAGUCCACCAAACCAGACAGGAUCCAUGAAAACUGCCAAGUUUUUGGAUUCACACUAAGAGCAGAAGACAUGGACCAAAUUAGUGGUUUGCACACCAAUCAGAAGCUGAUUCAUCUCACGCAUCCAGUCUGGAAAGGAUAACCUGGCAAUCAAAAUCCAAGAGGUUUGUUUUUAGGACACUGACGGAUCCUGAUCUCAAUGUGAAAGGAAAGGUCGUUUAUGAAAGUGAUGAAUUCAAGGCAAUCAGUGAUUUGAAAGUUGCUGCUGUCACACGUGCCUUUUUAAAUGACAAAGCAUAUCUGGU